CGGCCCCGGCACACCUCAACGCGGCGGCGCCACGCUAAAAGGGAAAAAAAAAUCCACCACCACUCCUAGCUUCCGGUGCACACUUGUACUCCGAGGCACAAGCGCAGAGCAGAGCAAACCCUCAGCUAGCUAGCUCGCCAGCCAGUCAGUGACAAAGAGAGCUCGCGCCGCCGCAGCUGAGCUGAGAAGCUAGGGAGCUAGGGGAUCCGAUCGGCUCGGUGGUGCUGCCCAUGGCCGGCGCCGCCGGCGACGGUACGGAAGGGGUCGGCGGCGAGUGGCCCUUCGCUGGCGCCGACGCCUUCGGGGAGUACUCGUCCGUCUUCGCGGAGCUCGGGUGGCCGGGCGGCCUGGCCGCGGGCGCGGGGGAGCUGCCGGUUCUGGAUCUGCCCGAGGCGGCGGUGGCGGCGCCUGCGGAGGCGACGCGGCCGGUGGUGGAGGUCGUAGCGCCAGCCAGGUCGGGGGACGCCGCCGCUUCGUCCAGCUCAAGCGGGGACGGGGACGGGGACGGCGACGGCGACGGCGCCGCGCCGGGGAGCCACGAUCGGAAGCCAGCCGCUUCCGCCGGGACAGCGAGUACGAAUCCGGCCGCGGCGAGGAAGGGGCAGAAGCGGGCGCGGCAGCCGCGGUUCGCGUUCAUGACCAAGAGCGAGAUCGAUCACCUCGAGGACGGCUACAGAUGGAGGAAGUACGGCCAGAAAGCUGUCAAGAACAGUCCUUUCCCGAGGAGCUACUACAGGUGCACCAACAGCAAAUGCACCGUGAAGAAGCGCGUGGAGCGGUCCUCGGCCGACCCCUCCGUUGUGAUCACCACCUACGAGGGCCAGCACUGCCACCACAUCGGCUCGUUCCAGCGCGGCGGAGUAGGCGCCGCGGCGGCGCACAUCCAUCAUAGCGCGACGGCCGUCGCGCUUGCGGAGCAGAUGUCGUCGUUCAUCCCCCCGCGGCAGCUCUACGGCUUGCCGCCGUUGCACCCACAGAGCUCGCCGUCCUCGGAGACCGUCGUUAGCCCGACGUCCACGUCUUUGCAGCAGCUGAACGGCGGCGGCGACGAGCUGCGGCAGACAAGCUUCAGCCCAAGGGUUUCCAUGGUGCGGUCGUCGCCGCCGACGCCUUCAUCCGUGCCUCCGGCCAUCUCAGUUGAGAAGGCCGGGCUACUGGACGAUAUGGUGCCUCAUGGAGUAAGGCACGGAUGAUGGCAAAAUGACUUAUCUAUCUGAUGAAGUCCUCUCGGCACCAGCUAUAGGCAGCUACCAGCAGGAAGGCAGAUCAACCAGCUAGGGUUCUCUAUCUCCUGCGGCAUUACUCAUCAAUAGUUACUUUAAAUUGAUCUUUAAAUGACCAGCUAAUGCAUGUGGAUUGUAGAGAUUAUGUAAUACUCAGCUUCAAUUUUUAUGGACGAUUAUGGUAUUUCAUAGCUAAUUUAUCCAGAAGUGACCAGAUUUGGACUCUUCAUGGCAAUUUUUUCUGCCCAGA